ACUGGAGUGAUAUUUAGAAACAACAUUCUUACUCUUACCCCCCAUCUCCUCCUCAAAUAUUAACCAUGUCCUCGUUACAGGAACUUGAAGCCAAGUACCGUUCAGCAUCCGAGGGUUUUGAUCACUUGUUCUCGAAUCAAUUAAUUUCGGCUAGGGAAACGUUCUCCGAGCAGGAAUCUCCCUUCCACUUGUUAGGCUUGGGCGUUUGCGCAUUUCUCGAGGCUGCCUUGGGAAUGGAAACGACGUUGAUGGCAGAAGCCACUCGCUGCCUAACCUUAUCCGAAGCCGGGGCUAGAAAGCAAGUGAAAGCUGCCAAGUCUUCUGCCACCUUGCAUCGUUUUCAAGCGGGAAUAGAAUGGGAAAUUCUGCAUGCCGAUGCUGUUGUGCUACUGGGUCUAACCCAUGCACUGAGCGAAUCUUAUCGCGGAUAUCUGCAGUGCUUGUAUGAGUUGAACAGUGCCCACUCCAAGUUUACUAAACUUUACAAGACUGUAUAUCCUGCCGGUUUGGAUGCUUACUCAACUCCAGCUACUACUCCUGCGCCAUCUCCCAAACCAUCUACCCUCAGUCUUAACUCCUUAACUCCGUCCGUUACCACCCAGGCAUCUACCAAAUCAGGCUUCUUUGGACGAUGGACUGGCUCUAAUACUCUUUCAGUUCCAACCGCAGCUCCGGGUACAGUCGGAAAUGCCGCCAAUGGGACAAUAGAAGAGCUCAUCCUCGGCGGAACAGCUUUUGGAUUUGGCCUCUUCAAUCUUGUUUUCUCGCUACUUCCGGCUAAAGUUAGAGGCGUGGUAGGGUUCUUUGGAUUCAACCAUGAUAGAAAACUUGCGCUUCAAGCAUUAGCUGUUUCCGCUGCUAGGACCGACGUGCAUGCCAUUUUUGCCGGUCUUGUAUUGAUGACAUACCACGGAGUCAUCCUUCUCAUGUCUGGGUAUCAAGCUGAUGAAGCACAUAUAAUCAAACAAUACAAAGCAUUGGUAGAGAAAAUCAGUUCCCGUUACCCUACAGGUGCCUUGUGGAUAUUGAACCGAGCUAAAAUCCUCCGCAUGACCCAUGAUGCUGAGGGUGCUAUAAAGACACUUCAAGAUGGUUUGAAGCCAGAAAGAGAGCAUUCGUUCUCGCAAGCCGAUACAUUGUUGGUAUUCGAGUUAGCUUGGACUCUCCUAGCACAACGGCGGUUCGAAGAGUCGUCGGAAAUGUUUAUCAGAAUGACGGAGCUCAAUACCUGGAGUCACGCUACCUACUAUUUCAUCGCCGCUGGAUGUCAAUUCUCACUUCAAAACUACGACAAAGCACAGGAGCUAUUUGAUAAGAUCCCUGAUUUGCUCGACAAACGGAAGCUGUCCGGAAAGGAUCUGCCCACAGAAGUCUUUAUCAAGAAAAAACUCGCAUUUUACAAGAAGAAACAACAGCGCAGAGGAGGAGCAGAAGGGCGAUUUGUGGAGGCCAUCAAGAUUAGUCCUGCCGAAGAAAUUGCCAUCUUCUGGAAUGCUCAUGCACGUAUCGACAAAGACAUUGCUAUUGCACAUAUCAAGGACUGGAGUUCUCUGUCUCCACCCGUCAACGUAGAAAGUGCGUAUAUUGUCCCUGCCGCAUCCCCUACGAGCGGACCUGUCGACCUCGACACCCCCGACGAACUUGCUGUCCGAUCUCUGCUACUCGCCAUUGUCCAUCGAACGCUACGCGACUAUUCUGCAUCGCGUGCAUUUUUAGCCGAUGCGCAGCAACAGGCCAAGAUGGCGGAAAUCAGUUCUUGGGUCUCCAGCGUGUCGAUCUUCGAGCUCACUGUUCUUGAGCUUAAAGAAGCGGAUGCGACUUGCUUGUCGAAGGAGCUAGUCGGUGACGAGCGGAAGAAGUUUUGGAUCCCUGUGUUGAAGGCUGCGAACGAGAAGUUAGACCAGGCUCUUGCUCUUGCGACGAGCAACACUGAUCUGUCGUCGAGGCUCGAUAGCAGGAUUAGCAUGCUUAGGGAUGAAAUUACGACGAAGAGCGAGAUGAUUGGAAUUGUCUAGAAAUUUGAUUCGGUAGUUAAAUUCUUACUAGUAUUUAUUGUGCAGGACACGGACCACGGACUAUUUGCAAUAUAGAAAAGACUACCAACGGCUAUUAUUAUUAUUUCACUCUAGUUUUGUAUAAGGGGAAACUGCACGUACGUACCAAGAUCGGACAUACUAUAGUAGAGCUGGGUGCAGCU